GGGAGGGGUUGUACGAGUAAGAAGUGCCGUGAGUGUAGGCAUCGUCUUUUCUUGGCUGUGUACGUGACACCAGGCUGAAAAUGGCUGUACAACUUACUAGUGAAGGGGAAACUGGUUUAUCUUGCACAGAAAACACCGAAAUGCACACCGGCAGUGAUAUUACGGCCCAUCACGGCUCUGAAACCAAUGCACCUCGCUUCAGGGAUGACGCAAUACACCACACUAUUGGAAACACGACACAGUGCAUGUCUGAAACGCCCGUAAAUAGCCUUGAUGAAGAUGAAACUGAAACACAUUCCACUGGUGAAACAAACGCAUACGGGGGCACUGAGCCGAGAUUCAGUAUGUCAUUCUUUAUAAAAAUCGAAAGCUUCCUGUACUUCGUGAUAGCUAAAUUAUCGACGAAAAUACUGAAAAUGGUGUACACGGCAGCGCUCCAUCUUAUAUACAUGUUAUUUAAGGUUAUAGGAGCAGCGUUUACCAAGUUGUUCUAGAGGAUGAGAGCGAGAAGUAGUGUAUAUACCAAGAGUGUUGUUAUAUACCAGUAGUGAACACACAUAACAUAGCAAACCAAGAUUAACACAUAUAUGUCAUACAAGAAGUAACUGUAAUUAUAAACACUGAUUCAAUGGGAGCGUUAAAUUGGCUAUUGAACUAAUUCCCUUGUGAAAUUAAUAUUGCAUAGUGAUGAUACAUAGAUAGAAGCGUUUCAGUGAAGUACGAAUUGGUUGACAUCACCUCACAGUGUGCCAGGAAUAACAGGCCUGGGGAUGGAAGCGUCGGGGAUAUCCUCUGGUUUAUCGUCCUUACCCUGCACGCCACUGGAUGAGGAGCGCCCGGGAUCCUCUCUCAGCACUGCCUCUCGCUCCUCUAGGAUCCCCAGACUCACCCGCUCCGCCUCGUUAAGGAUCAAGUCCUCUACAUCCACGACCACUUACAACAGCAGCAGCAACCACACGCCGGAGAGCAAGACGGUGGAGGUGAAGAGUAGCAGUGACCCGCGUCCUACCUCACGGACCUCCUCAAAGGGCAUCACCAGAUCAGCCAGUUUCGUUACCUCACGUGGGAUGGGAGGCAUAACGCGUCCUUCCUCGUCUUCCACCACCAACUCCAUGACUCCCACCUCCUCCUCGACUUCCAGUACACCGAGUGGGACUUCCAGAGUGUAUGGUCACUCCCUCACGCCAGAGACGCCGAGGAGGUUUACACACCCAGGCAACCACACCAGGAGGGUCAAUAACGCCUCUUCAGACAGGAAAACCCACUCUUAUGCCGGUCUUGGUUCCUCUUGGCACCCGAGUCUUAGCUACCACCACCACCAUACCACCUCCAGUACCAACCACCACAACCACCCAAGCAGGAGGCCCAACUUUCUGCCCGUGUCUUCAACGCCGUCAUCGUUAACACAGACCAGUUCUUCUGUACCUAUCACCCCGGCGUCGCAGCCAGAGACCCCUUCGAGAUCCCCAAACCUUGACCUGGAUGACGUCGAUUCCGUCAAGAGUUUUGGCUCAGUGUGUUCAGCUGUGAGUUGCGACGCGGGACUUUCCCAGCACCUUCACCACCACCAAUCCUCCUGUGGUAGUAGUAGCAGCAGCAGGGGAGGAGGAGGGAGGAACCUCAAGUACGUCUUACACUGCCGACAUAACCACGAUUAUGAUCCAGACAAUUAUUUGACACCAACACAGAGAGCAGCACGAAGGAUCAGGGAACUGAAGAACCAACUCGCAGAAGCUCGACGAGAAGUACACCUGAGAGAUGCUGAGAUUUCACGCCUCACACGAGAACUGGUAGAGCUGAGACUACUUAAAGCUCGAUCUCAGCAGCGGGAAGAUGAGGCUGAGACCAACACAGAAAGAAAUGACAAGAUCACCAUCAGGAGACCAGCCAUUUGCAAUGGUACAGACCUAAGAAAUGAUCCACAGAGACGCCUGGCCACAGAGCCCCGAGCUACCCCCUCAACCCCUACACCAAAGACCUCAGCCACACCCUCAGAAGGAAGUGAACCUGAACUCAGCCGUUUAAUGGAUAAUUUGACUACUGGUGCGUCAGAGUCUGGAGCAGCACGUGUCCCUGUGGUGUCUCCUGCAGCAGGUUCUGUAGCGGAAACCACAUCAGAUUCUGUUGAUCUCACCCGAUCUUUGGCAGAUUCUGGCCAUUAUGAAGAUCUCACAUCUCCAUGUCUCUCAUCGAGGUUUCAGGAUCCAUUUGAAGCUAGCCGAGGAUCAUUGAGAGGACGGCGUGUUGAUGAGGAUGAGGAUGAAGUAGAUCCAUGGACAGCUGUAGAAGAGACAGAAGCAAGGCUCCGAGAAGAGUACGAGAGACGUGAAGACCAGCUGAAGAGAAACCACAUGGACGAGUACCAUGAACUGAAGGAGAAGCACAAUGAUCGUGUGGAAGCUUUACUCUCAAAACUCAGUGAUGCUAAUCUCAAGUAUUUUGAACUGCGACCAAUGUACGAUCGAAGUCAAGAGAGAAUCCGUGAAUUAGAGCGAGACGUGACAAGGUUGAAGGAUGAACUUACCGAGGCUGAGCUUCGUCACCAGAAGAUGUAUUUACAGAUGUUCCUCAAAGGCCAGCAAGCAGCCAAAUUACAGGCUGAUGAUGAACAGGAUGGAGAAGAUGGAAGUCAGUCGUCCAUAUCUUCAGGUGGCCCAGUGGUGGACCUGAUGAAACAGUUAGCUCGUACAGAGGAAGAGCUAGAGAAGAUAAAGGGAGCUGUACCCCUCUUCCCUUGCUCACUGUCCUCCCCUGUGGUCCGAGCCCUCACAAAGGCUUCUUCUCUUGGUGCACCAAAAGCAGCACUCUUGGACGGUAAACAGGCCAUCAGUUUGUACUUCCAGGGACGUAGACAGGCCCUCUACCACCGUGAAGUUGCUUCUCGUAACAACAACAACAACAACAACAACAGUAGUAGUACCAACAGAAAUGGGGAGCUGGACCCAGAAGUCACACUUCAGUUUCUUAAGUCUGCCAUCUAUUACUUCCUCACCGAUAAGGAUAAUUCAAAGGGUCACCUCAGGGCAAUUGAGAGUAUUUUAGGUUAUUCAGACAGCGAAAGAUAUAACAUUGAUAAAGUUGUCAAGUGAAAACCUAAAAGUAUAGUUAUUAUUAUGAUGAUUAAUAUUGUAUAUUUAGCAUCAAAUGAACCAAAAUUAUAAGAUGAUGCUACAAAUAAUAUACAUUAAAUAAAUAUCACUUUUACAGUGACUGUGAUUAAAAUGCUUAAAUUAGUUACUGUGAUUUGCUAGUUUAUUAUACAAUGAUACAGAUGAUAUGCAAUUUCACACUUAUAAUUUAUGCAACCUGUGAUAAAUGAACAGUUAGGACUUAGUAUUAUACAGAUUACAGGUUGUGAAUCUUAAUACCUUUGUCACGGCUCACUUGUAUACACUUCACAUAAGAGUCUAUUGAUAAUAUGGGGCCUUAGAGGUAUAGGGUAAGAAUUGCUAAUCCUAAGAAUGAUAAUUAAAUGUGUUUUGUAGUACAAGUUCAACAAAUGUAAAUGUUCUAUAUUUUUUCAUUAUCUUUUGCUUUAGCAAUGAAUUUAAUACAAUUAAAAAGAUCACCUGAGCAAGAAAAGUACUUGUAGUUUGUUUUUCAGUGAUAUCUCAUGAUGCAUUGUGUUGCCAAAAGAAGAAGCUUUAUUUAACUGCUUGUCUGUACAUAGAGCAUUUCACUCUUCAAUUCAUCCUCCUAGAAUCUUAUUAAUUCAACUUACUUGUAACUACAUGAAUUGCAAGGACUUUUUUUAAACCUUUAUACAUUUUUAAAAUCUAAUAUUUAAAAUUUGUCAGUAGUAAGAAGUUGUAACACUUGCUGUCAAUCAUAGUGCAUACAUUAUUGUUGGGAAAAAUAUUUUGAAAGAAUCACUUGAUAUUGUCAGUCAGCUUUAAGGGACAACUACAGGAAACAAAAACAAAUAAAUAAAAUUACAGGAGACAAAACAAAUUAAUAACUAGUAUUAAAUUCCUCAUCAGGAAAAUAGAAGAGGAAGUAAUUAUAAUCUAUAUAAGUUUUCUUCACUGUAUUGUAAUUGUUCUUAUUUUUACUACUGUAAUGUUUAUAUUUCAAGAGAAAGAAAAGAAAAUAAUAGUAAAAAUUUUUGUGUGACUGGUAGCUAAUUGGUUACUGAAUUACUGUACAGGUAUUUCAUUAAUGAACUAUCAUUAAAAAAAUAUUAUUCAUGGAAGUGAAAUUUUAUUGCACAGUACAGAACUUGUAUGUAAUUUCUCCCCUACAAAGCUUAACCUGGAGACAAGGAUUGGUGAUCUUAAACAUAAUUUAUAUAUACUCUACUAUUUGUACAUUAGUGGUUAAUAUCCGGGGUAAUGGUUAGCCAGUGCAGUUGGCGAGUUGCCCAGCAUUCUCGGAUUAUUCCUUGACGAUGGGUCAUACAGCGAGUUAACUUUGGGUGUGGAGGUUGUGUUGGCUACACCUUGAAAACAAAUUCAUACCUAGGUGGCCCUAGGGCCAGCAAUCUUCAAAUACGAGGGGCAACCAUUAUUAUAUACUAUAUAUUUAUUUACUAAUUUUCGAUGAAAAACAACAAAUAUUUUAAUGUUUAUCAUAAUUUUAUUAUGGUUAUUUUUUUUAGUGAACAAAGUAUCAUUUGAAGUAGGUUUUUACCAAUGCUACGGGAUGACUUUGGGAGUUUGUGAUGAUGGGUUGUGUUGGUGUUAUAGUUGUUAAUAUUAACUGACAGUCAUAAGUUGACUAUUAGUCUUAACAUUAUUUUGCAAGUGUUUUAUGAAGAUCAUAUUAAUCAUGUACUGAUUUAGUCAGUUAAUAAGCACACCAAAGAACUCUUGAGUUGAGUUGGUCAUUUGUUCCUGGUCUUGUUAUCACGUAGUUAUUAGUAUAUAAGGAUAAUAUAAUUUGCUUCUGAACAUAAUAUAUCGUCCAAGAUUAUAUAUACAUUGUAUACAGUAUAAAUCUGUAAUGAUUAUAUUGUUAAACGUAACAUCAUUAUUUUUAUGCUAUCAGUGUUUAGAUUACAGACUAAAUAGAUAUUUAUCACAUUGACUCGAGAUACAACGAGUGCUUCCUAAGAUAAAUAAGUAGAUAUAUACGCUUUCUCAUCCUAGUGUGGGAUAGUUGUCACUUGUAAUGUAUGUUGCCUCGGCAGUGAAUGUGAUAUACUGUAACUGAAUCUGUAAUGGCUUAUUUACUUGUUUUGAGAAGUCCAGUUUAGGAGUGAGGGCUGGUUUUAGAUAUGUAAAAAAAAAUAAAUUUAUUCAGACUA